AUGACAACUGACCCUAAUGUGAUUCAGUUGAACCAAUUAUAUGAAUAUUAUUCAAACCAAAAAGUGACUCCGUUCAAAAUGACACUAACAGUUCUUCAGAAUGAUGCUGAACGAAAAUUCGUAGAUGACUAUAAUAAAGCAUUUCCCGCCACACCUACUACUACUACGAGUCAAGGGGGGUUAUAUGGGAGUGGUGGCUUAACUGGGUCCCUCUUUAACAAUCCCGUAUCUGGGACAAGUAGUCUCUUUGGGAGUAAUGCCCUCUUUGGGUCACUUACAAGUACUUCUGGGUCACAGAAACAACCUCUUCCAACAGGGGCGCGAGCUGUUUCUGAUCCCGAUAAAAUGGACAUCGACGUGUUCUUCUUCCGAGGACUUGAGAUGCGUGAGAAGUAUCAGUCCGACAGACAAGACGCUCUUUUAAAGGAGUUGGAUGACACGGAAGUCCUCAUCGAGACCGCCAUCGCGCAGAUCCAAAAUGAAAUCCUCGACAAGACCGACGCACUCAAAGUCCGGUCCCUCAAAUUGAACCAGCGCGUUAUCACCGUGUUAGCGGCUAUUGGUAUCAUCGACGAGGACUCCCUCGACAAGUUAAAAGGGUUUUGUUUGAAGGUCGAAAACUCCGCCAUCGAAAAGUCUAUCUUAGAAGUCCUCAGCGUCUUACGUGCAAAACCUAUCGGCAACAGCGCAGAGGGAAUCACUGACGCCGAAAUUAUUGAAGUCACUAAAAUCAUCGAAAGCGAACAACGUGAAAUCUUGGAACUCGGAAAUAAAGUUAAGGAACUCAAGGGAAAGUUUGAACAGCUCAGGUUGAAAUACGCAAAGCUUGGAAAGUGA